AUGGAAAUUAGAGACACUGAAAUUCGACUGCUUUAUAUUGGCGCACCUCAGAAAAAUAUUCUUUUCGAAAAAAUACGGGCAACAGCUAUUAAAUGCGAGAAACAUGUUACAUACGCAGAUACUUUCUAUCUCAAAUACAAUAUCGAUGGUGAAGAAGUGACUGUGGAAUUAUUCGAUCCAGGCUUGGAACACACGGGUGCAAGAGAAAUGGGUAUUCAAAGAGCUCAUGGAGCAAUUUUGGUUUAUUCUGCAUGCUCAACAGAUUCACUUCAAUGGAUCACUGAAAUACCUAUAGUUCUGAUUUCAAUCGAGGAUAAUUUAACGGAUGGAUUAGUAAUUGAGAAAGCAUCGGUUUCUCAGUCAUCUACAUCUGAAAACUACGAAUUUGAAGAUUCGCCAUUGAAUCUUGAAUUAACGCCUAAAAGGAUAGUGGAAAAUUCACCCACAAAAACAAAAGUCCCUCAGGAAAAGGUAAUAAAUAUUUUAGUUCUUUAA